UAAAGGUAAAGGUGGAUUGAUGACUAAGACAACGUAUGAUUUGCUCGUGACUAGAGCCGGCGCCGGACAUCGCCGGAACGAGCCGACUGGUGACGAUGGGACCGCUGUCGCUCGUAAGCCUGCUUGCUACAUACAUCAUGAGUGCCGUUAAAUCCCUUGCUACUUGCCUCUUCUGUAAAAUCAUCAAAGGUGAAUUGCAGUCCUGCGCGGUGUUCAGGAUAUCCUCAUUACACGGCGACCUUCAGGCGAAAUCCCGAGUAUGAAGCUCGUGGAGACCGAGUUAUCGUCAGUCCUGACGCUAUGAGAAUCCUCCCUCGGUCUCAGAUCGCCUAGAUACUCGUUCUUGGACAUCGGCCCUCUCUCCAGGGGACAUGCUCUCGUCAUCCCCAAAUGCACGUCCCGUCGCCCGCGUCUCGUCGCGUUUCUGACACAGGCACCCGACAGACCACUCCCAUAAGAUGCACGAGCUUCCGGACGAGUACCUGGCCGAUGCCAUGCCGAUCGCGAAGAAGAUCGCACUUGCACAGGGCGCGGAGAACUACAACAUCUUGCAGAACAACGGACGACUAGCACACCAGGAAGUCGAUCAUGUUCAUUUCCACGUCAUUCCCAAACCCAAUGCCGAAGAGGGUCUCGUUGUCGGAUGGCCCGCACACCCAUUGCCGAUGAAGGAGCUCCAGAAGAUCCAUGAUGAGCUCUUGUCCAAGCUCUAAGCUCACAGGUAGUACAGAAAGUUUGUAUCAACAAUAGUUCAAAGCUCGCGUGGUGAACCAACGACAUGCGGCGGAUGCCUCUCAGAAGUCGAUCUUUUCGACAAUCUCUUCGCCUUUGCCUUGGAUAUCAGCUAAAGAAGCGUAGCCUGAGAGACCCAGAGUCGCGUCCAGAUCGGCAAGAGUGUGGAGGAUGACCUGCUCGAUUCCCGCCUGACCUGCGACGAUCCCUCCGUAGAGCCAAGGGCGGCCGACUGUAGCUGUGAGCACCCAGCGCUAGCUAUCGAACACCGACUCACGAAGGACCGCCUGGGCACCCAGAGCCACUGCCUUGAUGAUGUCUGAUCCAGUGCGGAUGCCGGAGUCAAAAAGAACAGUCAACGCGCCCGAAGUCUGAGCUUCCUUAACCUUCGGCGACUUCAUGAUCCGUUCCAACGCAUAGAGAGAUGGGAGGGCGCCGUCCACCUGACGUCCACC